AUGACAUCCGGCCAAAGCCACUCCGAGGCGGCGGGCGACCUUCGCCAGUUUUUGAAGGAACUUGAUGAUGAGAAUGAUCUUCUCGUCAUCAAGUCAGAAGUGGACCCCGAAAUGGAGCUAGCUGCGAUUACUCGCAGAGUCUAUGAGACUGAAGAAAAAGCACCCCUGUUCGAAAACAUCACCGGCCGAGUGGGCAACGGGCUCUUCCGCGUCCUUGGAGCACCCGUGGGGUUAAGCCGUGUGCCUGGUCAAAGACUCGGGCGAAUCGCCAAAAGCCUGGCAUUACCUUCCACUGCGACGGGGAAAGAGAUCAUUGAGAAGAUCAAUGACGCAAAGAAUCUCAAGCCAUUGCCUCCCAAUGAAGUCGCAUCGGGGCCGGUGAAGGAAUUCAAGCUUUUUGGUGACGAGAUCGACCUCACCACGCUUCCAACACCCCUUCUCCACCAACAUGAUGGUGGAAAGUUCAUUGAAACCUUCGGCAUGCACAUUGUGCAAAGACCUGAUGGAACCUGGACCAACUGGUCAAUCACUCGGGCUAUGGUUCACGGCAAGCAAACGCUUGUCGGCCCUAUCAUCCCGAAGCAAGACAUCGGUGUGAUUUUCCAAGAGUGGAAAGACAUUGGGAAAGAUAUGCCCUGGGCACUUUGCUUUGGUGUCCCCCCAGCAGCAAUUAUGGUGGGCGGCAUGCCGAUCCCCAAGGGGGAGGACGAGGCUGGGUACAUCGGCGCUCUGAUUGGCAAACCACUCAGCGUGGUGAAAUGUGAGACAAAUGGUCUUCUUGUUCCUGCCAAUGCGGAGAUUGUGAUGGAAGGGUUUGCCUCCAUCUCCGAGACAGCACCCGAAGGCCCGAUGAUGGAAUACCAUGGCUUGGUGUAUCCGGGGCGAAGCAAGGAAUGCCCGAUAUUCAAAGUGAACGCAAUCACUUAUCGUGAUGACCCAAUCCUGCCAAUUUGCAUUACCGGGAGAGCCACCGAGGAGAGCCACACCGUGUGGGCGGUUAUGAUUGCAGCAGAGGUGCUGAAUAUCUGUCAAGGUGCCGGGCUACCGAUCCAAAUGGUUUGGUGUCCGUUCGAGUCCCACGCGCAUUGGCUUGCCAUUCAAGUCGAUCGUCAGGAAUUGCUCAAGCUGAAAACAAAUAUGCAAGAAUUCUGUGUCAAAUUGGGUCACAUUGUAUUCGGCUCAAAGCCCGGAUGGUACAUACCGAAGGUGUUCUUGGUCGGGGAGGACAUUGAUCCCACAGGUCUCCGAGACCUCCUUUGGGCUGAAGCUACCCGAUGCGAGCCUGGUACUAGUGAGUUCCUUUUCGAUGAGUACGGCAACAUUCCCUUGAUUCCAUAUGUUGCCCAUGGCACCAAACCAGCUCGGAACAACAAGAAAGUGGUGAGAUGUUGCAUGCUUCCGUGUGAGUUUGUUGAUGAAGAGCUUCCGUGGAAGGUUGGAUCCUUCAAGGGUUCAUAUCCUCCUGAGGUCCAGAGAAAGGUGGAGCGUAACUGGGAAAAGUAUGGGUUUGACGCAAUGUGA